GAGAACCAUUCAUCUUUCUCCACGGGUAACUUUUGAAUAGCUUAUAUUACAACGCUGAGCCAAUACCGGAUCACAUCUUCAUUGCGCUCCUCUCUUCCACCUUUGCUCUCUGUGCUUCUAUACACUCUCACAGAUCUCUCUCUCUGAAACACAAAAAGUGAGAAAUGACGGAGGCAGAAAACCAGUGGCUUCAUGGGACGCUUCACGCUACGAUCUAUGAGGUUGAUAAGUUGCAUAGUAGUAGUGGGAAUUUCUUCCGCAAGAUUACAGGAAAAAUUGAGGAGACUGUUGGUAUUGGCAAAGGAAUAAGUAAACUCUAUGCAACCGUUGAUCUGGAAAGGGCUAGGGUUGGUAGGACCAGGGUUAUAGAGAAAGAGCCCUCUAAUCCCAGGUGGUAUGAGUCUUUCCACAUUUACUGUGCCCAUACUGCUACAAAUGUUAUAUUUACUGUUAAGGAGUCUAAUCCUAUUGGGGCAUCAUUAAUCGGAAGAGCAUAUGUACCUGUUCAAGAACUCAUAGAGGGGGAAGAAGUGGAUCAAUGGGCUGAAAUUUUGGAUGACAAAAGGAACCCCGUCCAUGGAAAUCCCAAAAUACAUGUGAAACUACAAUUUUUCCAUGUUACAAAGGACCGCAGUUGGGGUCUGGGUAUAAGGAGUCCUAAGUUUCCUGGAGUUCCGUUUACAUUUUUCUCACAGAGACAAGGAUGUAAGGUUUCCCUUUACCAAGAUGCUCAUAUCCCAGAUAAAUUUAUUCCUAAAAUUCCUCUUGCUGGAGGCAAGCGUUACGAGCCCCACAGAUGCUGGGAAGACAUCUUUGAUGCAAUUACUAAUGCAAAGCACCUGAUCUACAUUACUGGUUGGUCAGUUUAUACUGAAAUUUCCUUGGUAAGGGACUCAAGAAGGCCAAAGCCUGGUGGAGAGAUUACCAUUGGUGAAUUACUUAAAAAGAAAGCAAGUGAAGGUGUUAGGGUUCUUAUGCUUGUUUGGGAUGACAGAACCUCUGUUAGUUUAUUGAAAAAGGAUGGACUGAUGGCCACUCAUGAUGAAGAAACUGCAAAGUUCUUCCAGGGUACUGAUGUGCAUUGUGUCUUAUGCCCUCGUAAUCCUGAUGGCGGCGGGAGCAUUAUUCAGGGUGCACAAGUCUCUACCAUGUUCACUCAUCACCAGAAGAUUGUGGUUGUGGACCACGACAUGCCAAAUGGAGAAUCAGAGAGGAGAAGAAUUGUUAGUUUUGUUGGGGGUCUUGAUCUGUGUGAUGGAAGAUAUGAUACCCCCUUCCAUUCACUUUUCAGGACAUUGGAUACUGCACACCAUGAUGAUUUUCAUCAGCCAAAUUUUACUGGUGCCUCAAUUACAAAAGGUGGUCCAAGGGAACCGUGGCAUGAUAUCCACUCUCGACUAGAAGGGCCUAUUGCUUGGGAUGUUUUGUUUAACUUUGAGCAGAGGUGGAGAAAGCAAGGUGGUAAAGAUUUACUUGUUCAGCUUAGAGAGCUGGAGGAAAUCAUCAUUCCCCCUUCUCCUGUUAUGUUCCCAGAUGACCAUGAGACAUGGAAUGUCCAGUUAUUCAGAUCAAUUGAUGGAGGAGCGGCUUUUGGCUUCCCAGAUACGCCUGAAGAUGCAGCUCAAGCUGGGCUUGUUAGUGGGAAGGAUAACAUCAUUGACCGAAGCAUUCAGGAUGCUUAUAUUCAUGCUAUUCGCCGUGCGAAGAAUUUCAUCUAUAUUGAAAAUCAGUACUUUCUUGGGAGCUCUUUUGCCUGGGAGGCUGAUGGUAUAAAGCCUGAGGACAUUGGCGCUUUGCAUGUAAUUCCAAGGGAGCUUUCACUUAAGAUUGCUAGCAAGAUUGAAGCAGGGGAGAGGUUUACUGUCUAUGUUGUUGUUCCAAUGUGGCCAGAGGGGAUCCCAGAGUCGGCAUCUGUUCAGGCAAUAUUAGACUGGCAGAGGAGGACUAUGAAUAUGAUGUAUGCAGAUAUUAAGCGCGCAUUAGAUGCACAAGGUCUCGAGGAGGAUCCUCGGACCUACUUGACAUUUUUCUGCCUUGGGAAUCGGGAGGUAAAGAAGCCUGGGGAAUAUGAACCCUCAGAGACACCAGAAGCAGAUUCGGACUAUCAAAGAGCUCAGGAAGCCCGACGCUUCAUGAUUUAUGUUCAUACCAAGAUGAUGAUAGUUGACGAUGAGUACAUAAUUAUUGGAUCUGCCAACAUCAACCAGAGAUCAAUGGAUGGUGCCAGAGACUCUGAAAUAGCAAUGGGAGCCUACCAACCAUAUCAUCUGUCAGUCAGGGAGCCAGCACGUGGUCAGAUCCAUGGUUUCCGUAUGGCACUAUGGUAUGAGCACAUGGGCAUGCUUGAUGAGGCCUUCCUUCAGCCAGAAAGCGUUGAAUGUAUUUCAAAGGUGAACCAGAUUGCUGACAAAUACUGGGAUCUAUAUUCAAGUGAAACUCUUGAACAUGAUUUACCUGGUCACUUGCUUCGAUAUCCAGUUGGUGUUACCAGCGAAGGAGUUGUCGCUGAGUUGCCAGGAUUUGAAUUCUUCCCUGACACCAAAGCUCGUAUUCUUGGUGCCAAAUCCGACUACCUUCCUCCGAUCCUUACUACCUAAGUGUGCUUUUUGUCACUUGGUUUGUCAGAGUAAAAACCUACUACAUUAUCUUUGUUUUUACUCCACUAUUUGUGAUAGUAGAUUAAUAAGUCCAUCUGUGUCACAGCCUGCAUAGAUGUUUUCAGUUGCUGGAUGUUCAUAGCAGGUUAGUGAUUUGGUAAUGUUGUGUGAUUUGCUGACUGAUAGAACUUAUGAACCAUGUUUAAUUAUUGUUAUGUAAUUUGGUUGUCUUCA